AUGCUUGUAGAGCGGGAGGUGAUAACGCUGGCCUUUGGUAACUACAGCUCUCUUGUGGCGGCACAGUGGGCAAACGGCACGUCGCACUACGAUGCCCAUCACAACACCCUCUACUCCGAGUGCCGCAGCGCGGACGUGUUAGGCGGAGGCAGCAGCGGCAAUGUGCACGUGCGGGUGCCACGUCUUCUGUUGUUGGACGCCCCUUACGCGAGCGCCUUCGACGACAUCGAUGUCUGGGCGCGUAAAUACAAGGAUGAUGCCAAAAGCAGCGAAGAGGGCGGCGCUUCGGAGGAAGAGGACCAUCUCCUCGCGAACGUGGCCAAAACUGUGCAGCGUCACGUCUUUGAACAGCACGGCCUCGACGACGACGAUAAUGACAGCAGCGGUGGCAACGAUGAUGUUGGGGAUGCAGACGACGCGCAGAACGACGAGGGAGAAGACGCGGAUGCACACUUGCUCGACGAAGACGAGAAACACGACAUGAACAACAAUGCUGGCCGACGUGGCCGCGCUACCAUGCCCCACUCCCGAGCGCAACGUCAAGCGCACUUGAAGCGGAAGCUCUUCGAUGAGCACAACACUACAAUCCCGUGGUGGCAGUACAUCACCACCGGCCUCGGGCCGAACAGUGUGGCCUCCGUCAAGCCACUUCAGCACGUGGACCCAGCUGGCGAUCUGCCAGCGCUGCACAGCUUCGGCUAUGGCCUGGCUUACCUCCGCGACGGUGGCAGAUCAAGCGAGGUGGUAGACUUCAACGACGCUCUGCGCCGCAACCUUGAGGUAUCUGAUCAGCUGCAAGGCGUCCAGUGCUUCACCGACGGCGACGGCCUCUUUGGUGGAGCAGCCGCGAACGUGCUCGAGCAGCUGUGGGAAGAGGCAGGCCCCAAGACGCCGAUCGUACAGGCAUGUUCCUUUGCCCGUCUCCCAGCGCCUGUGGCCGAUCCAGCGUACCGCGCCGAGGUCGCGUUCCGCGAGCGCCGCAUCGACGAAGUUGCACUGAACCAGCUUCUAGCCACGUUGCAUCUCUCACGUCACACGUCCGCGGUGUACAUCCCGGUGCCUCUGUCGGACUGGGACGUCUUGUUCAAAGGCGCCGGGUCGCCCACAGAAGCGCCACAGUGGCUGCAAGACGAGCGGGCGACGGCGCAGCUGCUGGCGGCUGUCAUGGACACGGCUUUGUACGGACUCCGCGACGGUAGCCGUGCGAGUGGGGUCUCGUCGCAGGGCCCGCAGUGGUACAUGGAUGAGUGGUGCCGUGUGGUGCGACCAGCGCCGUCAUUGCGGGUGGCGGCUGCAAUGGGUGCUCUGCCGCAGUCCGUGUCGGCCUCGUCGGAGCUGUGGGAGUUCUUGCAGGAAAACCCGCUCCUGCCCGACGCGCCACAGCUCGACGAGCGCAUGGCUCGUGCAAGCGAUUGCGCCGAGGACGACGCCAGCUCUGGGCAGGCGCGGCUGCAGGCCAAGUUCUUUUCGCUGACACACAGCAUGUCGACCUACUCGACUACCCACACGGCCGGUCAAGUGCUUGGUCAUGCGGUUAGCCUGCGCGGUGCCGGAUGCCUACCUGCGACAGUGUACCCGGCGCGUGAGGCGAUGCUGCGCUACGCCCUCCCUCUUCGCACUUCCACCUACCUGCCGCUCCUGACAGAGGUAAGCUACCCCAUCUCCGACACCUUCCCGACGGAGCUCCUGUUUGCCGAUCCCGCUGCGAUGGCGAAGGCGUCGGGUGGUGCGCCGGGGAGCGGCGGCAGUGCGGGCAUCACUUCGCUGCGCAGUGUCCUGCAGAGCGUGGAUGUUGGGGCCCAUGUGCUGAGCACGUAUGCCACGGCGCCAAUGCUGCGCGACAUCAACACCAAGGCGCAGGCGGCACUGCGCAACAAGAUGGACCGCUACUGCGACGCAUACGUAAUGGAAAAGGAUGACUGGCGUGAGGCGCUGGACGAGGGGCUGGCCCUCUUCGACGACUACAACCACGCUCCCCUGUCGGACGCCGAAGACGGCGGCGGCAGCGACGAUGAUGACUACUACGCUUGA